GAAGGACGCCACUGCCGUCGCUGUGUGUGAUGUUUGAAUCCUCAGUGAAAGUUAAAGGUCACCUGAGCGUCUGACAGAGAGCACCAGGGCUGCAGCAGACAUGCCAAUCACAGCCAAACACUGGACUCCUGAUCCCGAGUGACCUACGUCACCAUGCCAACUCCCACGAUCCUCACGGCAACCAGGAGUCCUCAGAGAAGUUGCUAGGUUUACAAGCCCAUUUACAUCUGUGUGAGCUUGCAUACUGAAAAGUGGAUCCCCUCCAGGACUGAGCGAGAGAGACCAGGAGGCAGAGAUGGUUCGACACCGGGGGACCCUGCUGAUUUUCAUGUUGCUGGUGGAGACGGGACUUGUGGGUGGAUGUGUGUGUCCAGCCGCCACCAUUUUGUCCCAGUUUCCCUCUGAGGUUCCUGCUGAUGCCUGUUGCUUGAACUACUCUGGCUCCACUUUCAGCCAUGUGCACUGGUCUGUGUUUACCAAUGAGACAAACAUAGAGACACUGGAUCUUUCUUUCUGUAAUAUCAGCUCUGUUGAUAUGAGAGGCAAAGAGACCUCUUCACUGCAGAGGGUUUACUUAGAUCAUAAUAGACUAACAACACUGCCAAGGGAGUUUCUAGCUAGCCAGCCCAGCCUGACGGAGGUGGAUCUGAGCGGGAACCAGAUUCAGGAGCUUCCUGAGGGUUUCCUUCAGGACUCAGGCAACCUCCAGAAGCUGUAUCUGCAGGGAAACCAGCUACGCUUACUGCCAGGCUCUGUACUGCAGAAGCCCAGUUUACAGAGGCUGGAGCUGGAUGAGAACCCCUGGGACUGUUCCUGUUUGUUACUGGAAGGACUGGAGGAAGGCAGGAAGGUUAACAGGACCGCUAAGCUGCAGGAUCUGGUGGGAAACUUGACCUGCGUCUCUCCCAGGCACCUGGCCGGCAGGUCUGUGUUGUCGGUGAGGCUUAGCGAUGCGUGCCGCCCAGCUGGCCUCACAGCACUCUUCAUUGUGCUCCCUCUUGUCAUCCUCUCUGCCUUGGUGCUCUGCUGGUGCUGCGGCAGGAAAAGAAAGAAGAAAGACACACCUUUAAGCACCUCAAAAAAGAGAGCCUCAAGCUCCAGCUGCAAUGGCCAGAAGCAUCGCAGAAAGCAGCAACCUGCCGCCACUGAACAGAAUAAAGCUGGACACUGUGUCAGUGAGGGGAUCCUGAAGAACCAGCUGCUGCUACGCCCAGCAGCCACCCUCCUCGGCAGCACCAGGGACAUCUAUGAAGAGGUAGAGAUAAGGUUGGGCUCAGUGGAGUCUAUUCCCCGAGCAUCCUCGCGCUGUUCCAGCUUCACAGAGGGGAAACAGGGCUCCCGGGGUCCCGACGGGGCCGGCAAGGCAGACCUGGAUGCAGUCAGUGUGACAGAGGUGAUGAAAGACUCAGCUGACAGGGAAAAGGCUUACCUGACCCAGUCCACUGAGUACUACAGCCUGGUGCCCGGUAUCGAACUGGAGGACUCAGACCACGGCGAAUAUGAGCAUGUCAACCUCUCGUGACGCCAUCUUAAAGAAACAGUUAAACAUGUUGGGACAUACACGUUUGUUUUCUUGACAAGAAUUAGUUGAGAAGAUCUGCACUGCUCACAUUUUUGUGUUUUAAAAGCCCUUAAAACCUCUUGUUUAUUUGCUAAAAUCACACACACACACACACGCACACGGUCUAUAUUAGACAGCUAAGCUGAGUUCUUGACUGUUAAACUACAAACUAAACAUGUUUUUUUAACUUAAAGCUCCAUUAUGCAGGGUUUGGGGGACAUACUAACUGAAAUAUAAUAUUUCUAAUUAUGUUUUCAUUAGUGUAUAAUCACCUGAGAAUAAGAUUCGCUGUGUUUUCAUUACCUAUAUGAGCUCUUUAUAUCUGCAGAGGGAGCAAACUGGGGUCAGUUAGCCUAACUUAGCAUAAAGUGUGGAAACAGGAGGAAACAGCUUACCUGACAGUCCAAAAAUUAAAAAUAUGCCUACUAACACCUGUGAAGGUCAAUGUGUGACACAUGUGUACUUCUUAUUUAAUUUGUACACAAAUUCAGCUAGCUGGAAACUACCGUAGCUGGUGAGCUAACCACUAGCAUGAAACCAGGAGCACUGCUCAGUCACAAUAGCUCUUUCUUUAUAUUUCUCUUUAGUUGGUUGUUUGCUACAUCUGCCAUUUGUUGUCUUCAUGAUUUCAUUUGUGAAAAAAGCUGGAAAAUCUACAGUAGCUAGCUUACUAAGUGCCAUUGUGCUGCAGGUAAGGUUAAAUAGAGGCAGAUGGUGCAACACAGCUACUACGCUACGAUAGCUUCCUCCAUUUUCUACUAAGGUCAGAUUCAUGGAUGGCAGCUGUCAAUCGAAAUGAACAGAUUUUGCCAUGAAACUUUGCUGCUUUAAUGACUGGUGUGAUUGCACCUUUACAGGUGUUUGCACGCAGAUUUUUCAGUUUGAAUGGAGCUAGGCUAGCUGCCCUUAUGCUGUAAGCCUCUGGGCUCCAGCUCCAUUAGUAACUCACAAAUGUAUCUAACUCACACAGGCUUGAUUAAGCAAGUUAGCUGAGUUUUUGACUUUAAUUACAAAAUAUUCAACUGUUUUUAAUGUAAACUUUGAUUGUUGUUUAUUUAGUCAUUAAUAUUAAAUGAUAUAGUGCUAGGUUUUCAGUGGCUUUAUAGCAGCUGUAGCCUGGGGGCAGUUAGCCUAGCUUAGCUAUCUUCAUCAUUUUGCAUCUAUCUUCU